GUGUGUGUGUGUGUGUGUGUGGUUGGACCAUGCCCUGCCAUGCUUCAGGGCUUACUCCUGGCUCUGUGCUCAGGGGUCACUCCUGAUGGUGCUCAGGGAACCAAAUGAAUGCUGGGCGUUGAACCCAGCUCAGCCACGUACAAGGUAAGCGCCUUGUUAGCUGUCCCAUUGCUCAAAUCAGGAGAAACAAAUUUUAAGCCUCCAGAGGAGGGAGCAUAUUUAAGUGCUUCGUGCUGAAGAGGACAGCUCUGAGUCCCCCGAAAGAGCGACAGGGGGAUGAGGGUGGGAGGAUGAGGGGUCCUUCUGCCCCUCCUUAUCUCUAUCGUACAUGACUGGGUCACUGCAUCGAAUGCCACAGGCUGCAAGAGACGCAGCUGGAAUAUAGUCCUGCCCGCAGGGAUCUUGAUUUCUAGUGGAGACCACAGACGAGCAGUUUUAGUGCAGCUGGUGCAAAGGCAGGUUUGUGAGGGUUGGAAUUGGGGCGGCUCCCUAAGCUGUUUGUGGAGACGUAUCAGAAAGGAAGUUCUGGGCAGGACAAGCUCUGUUGCCCCAAGGUCUUCAGCUCUUCCUUCAAAAGCAGUGUCUCGUCACACUAGUCCCCUCAGGUGCCCCAGGAAAAGGGGGGCCAGGACCGCAAAGCCAGUCAGUGGGUCUGGGGAACCCGUGCCUUGUUCUGUGGGACCAGGCGCAGAGCUCAGUGGGAGGGGGGAGUGCCCCGCUAAGAGUGGCACUCACUGCUGAAACCGAAGUUGCAUCUGGGGAGUACAACAGAGGGUCCCAUUUGGUCUAAUGUCCCCUUCUCAGGGAAAUGACUCAGUGAUCUUUAAGCAAAAUGCCCCCCAAUUGCUCCAAAGUUACUAUGGUCCUCCCCACCCCCAACGUUCCAACACCCUUGUGGGGUGGUAUCCGUCCACUCUGGGAAACACUGACCAGAGAGAGAGUGGCCCAGGUUGCAUGUGGUUGACUCAGGUUCGAUCCCCUGUGUUCCGUAAUGUUCCCUGAGUCUUGCAAGGAGUGAUCCCUGAGCAUAGAGUCAGGACCAAGCCCCGAGCAGGGCUGCAUAUGGCCCCCAAACUAAAAUAAACCAAAAUUAAGAAAACCCUGGCAUGGAGUCUGAUUAAGUCCUGCAGAUCACUGUCAGAACUGCUUUGGAAUUUGUGGGGUGCACAGCCCUGGCCCUUGUAUUUCCCUGAAUGAGGCAGCCUGCCUGCCCUUUCUCUGGUCUGUCACCACAGGUCCUGUCAUCCUUCCCUAGAGGUCAGAGACCCUUUUAUGGUUCUUUGGUUGAUUUGGCCUCACUUUACCACUAAACACAAGGGCAGAGAGAUAGCUCAAGGGUCAGCAUGUUAGCCUAGCAUGCAGCUGCAGCCACUGUCCUGAGUGGAACCUCAGCACGGCGCUGCUGUUGGUCCCUGAGCACCAGCCGAGUGUGGUGAAAAAAAGAAGAAAAAAGAAAGGAGAGGGGGCCAGAGUGAGCGGGUAGGGCGUUUGCCUUGCAUGUGGCUGAACCGGGUUCAAUCCCUGCCAUCCCGUAUGGUCCCCUGAGCACUGCCAGGAGUAAUUCCUGAGUGCAGAGCCAGGAGUAACCCCUGAGCAUAGCUGGGUGUGACCCAAAAAGCCAAAAAAAAAAAAAAAAAAAGGGAAAACGAAGUGGAGCAGCGCUGUGUGUGGGGCCAGGGGCCAGCAUCUGGGUGGGCGCUCAACAGGCACAGUUCACUCAGCCCUUCCAACCAGCCUAACCUCGAGCUGCCCAGGCCCCAGAGGGUCUUUUGCAGAUGGACACAACUCUGCCCGCUCUCUUGCUUGCCUUCCUCCCUAUGUUGUCACUGUUGCGGUGCCCAGGGUUGCAGGUGCGGUUGCAACUCUGAGACGUGGGGCUGUGAGAGAUCAAACGUGGGCUCCAGGCAAGCAAAGGAGGUGCUCUCACCCCGGGUCACAUUCCCGAGCUCUGGAAUUGGAUUCCUGACGCCGCUGCUCUGUGCUUGUGGUUUCUAUUGUAUGGAUGGAGUGAUGCCCGCACCCCUGGGUGGCAUCUGUUUCUGAAGGGGGAGUCCCACUGGGAAGCCGGGGCUGAACCUCCAAUUGGUAUACAGAUGUGGAUACAGAAGAUUCAGCUCUAGAUGCUUGCCUUCCUUCAGUUUGCUGGAAAUUCAUCAUUUUCUGGGGCGGAAUUUUAUCUCAAUAGCGCUGUAACUGUUACUCCUCAUAGAACUUCCUCACUGCAUGGGGGACCGGCUUGUGUUGAAGACAGAUUCACAUCCAGUUGCCUCUUUCCGAUCAAAAUAGCCCACAUUGAAAACAACGUCUGAAAAGUGACAUCUUUGAAGGAAAAUGGCAACGACUGUUGGAAAUGCCGUGUGCCAAGAAUACAUCCGAGGCUUGGGGGCCUGUGAAAUUCACUUCCAGGAAGAAAACAUGAUAUUCAAGUCUGAGUCCACACUGAGAUUUUACUGCUCCUGGGCUGUUGCCCAGUACUGAUGUGAGUGAAGAUCUUUAAUAAGGAGUUGGUGCUGCAACAGUCCAGUAUGAGGAAACAGCGAAUUUCCCCAUGUCUGCUGAUUUGUUCAUAAUGGAGGCAGAGAAUUAGCAGGGCCUGAAAUCCAGCCUGUUGCCGGCUCACCUCAGACAGGGCGAAGAAGGGUGGCUCACCUGUGCCCAGCAUCGGGAGUGCAGCCAGGGUAGACUUCGGCAGCAAGCAGAGUAGGUGCUGGCCAUGCUCCGAGCAGUGACCUGGGUCCGGGCCCAUAGGUACCUGUCUGCCACCUGCGCAAGGCUGGCUGCACGGAGGCACAGCAGCUGCGGAAACCAGAAGGGCCCUCUGGCUGAUCGAGUGGCUGUGGUCACAGGCUCCACCAAUGGGAUCGGGCUGGCUAUGGCUCGGCGUCUAGCCCGGGAUGGAGCCCACGUGGUGGUCAGCAGUCGGAAGCAGCAAAAUGUGGACCGUGCGGUGGCCACACUUCAGGGGGAAGGGCUGAGUGUGACGGGCAUCGUGUGCCACGUGGGGAAGGCCGAGGACCGCGAGCGGCUGGUGGCCAAGGCCGUGGAGCACUGUGGGGCUGUGGACAUCCUGGUGUGCAACGCAGCGGUCAACCCCCUAAUCGGGAGUACUCUGGGUGCCAGUGAAGAGGUGUGGAACAAGGUCCUGGAUGUGAACUUGAAGUCCCCAGCUCUGCUGCUGCGCCGGCUGCUGCCCCACAUGGAGAAGAGGAGCGGCGUAGUCAUCCUGGUCUCUUCCAUUUCAGCGUACACACCGAUGAUGGAGCUGGGCGUCUACAAUGUCAGCAAAACGGCUCUGCUAGGUCUCACGAAAACCCUGGCCCUGGAGCUGGCCCACAAGGACAUACGAGUGAAUUGCCUGGUUCCGGGCGUGAUCUACACUGACUUCAGCAAAGUGGUAUACGAGAAUGAUGCUGUUAUAUGGAACUUGAUAAAGAAAUGCUACAAUAUUCAGAGGAUGGGGCAGCCCGAGGACUGUGCAGGGAUCGUGUCCUUUCUGUGCUCUCCAGAAGCCAGCUACAUCACUGGCGAAAGCAUCGUGGUGGCCGGCUGCAGCCCUCGACUCUGAAGUGGCAGGGUUUGGGGUGGGGGCAGAAGUGCAGAGCUGUGGGUAUUAGGUUAGCAGUCUCAGCUCAGGGCACAGAGGCGACAGGUGGCUCAGGGGGUUGAACUCAUGAUGUGUAUAGGGGAGGCCAGGGUUUGAUCCCUGACGCCAUAUGGCCAACCGUUCCCCCAAACAUCCUCUAGCAUCAUCUGCAAACACAGAGCUGGAGGUAGCCCCUGAGCACCAUAGGAUUUGACCUCCUUAAUUCCUUGUCUCCCAAAGAACCUAGGGCUAGAGGGUCAGGGAAAUAGCUCAAAAGUCUGGGGUGACUGGGGAUGUAGCUCAGUGCUAGAGCACUUGUUUUGAAUGUGUGAGGUUCAGAGUUUGCAUUAAAACCAAAGAAGUAACAGGAGGAGAGAGAGUGCACAGAGGCUAAGGUACCUGCCUUGUAUGUGGCUGGCCUCAGUUCAAUCUCUGGCACGUAUGGUCUCCCAAACACCAUCAGAAGUGACCCUGAACACAAAGCCAGGAGUAACUCCCCCAAAAUGUUGGAGCACAUCAUUUGCAUAUAGAGAAACAGAUUGGAUCCCUAACACCACAUGAUCCUCUGAGCAUUGCUGGGAGUUCGCCCCUCCUCUCCCCCGUCCCCCCAAGUCAGGACAGAGUCUGAACCUCUGUUAGAUUACUUGAGGGCUCGUCCAUGGUAGGCUUGAGGAAGAGUCUUAUGCUUUAACCAUUUUCUUUGUUUUGGGGUCACACCUAAGAGGUGCUUAGGGAUUACUCUUGACUCUGUGCCCAGGGAUUACUCCUGCAAGGCUUGGGGGAGCAUAUGGGGUGCCAUGGAUCGAACCUGGUUUUGCUGUGUAUAAGGCAAAUGCCCUACUCACUGUACCUGUGCUAUUGCUUUGGCCUUGCUUAAAAUUCUUUUUUCUAAAAUAAAUUCAAUAUUCUUAAGUCUGGAGACUCUUCAUAAGGGAGGGUCCAAGAGCACUGAAGCUGGAUAGUCUGUCUUGCCUCCUGGCUUCGUGGCUGCCCGAGUCUGCUGUCUCAUGGAGGUCAGGGGCAGUCCAUGUUUAUGUAGGUUCUGCUAUAUUCUCUGAGAUGGGGCUAAACAAGACCUGAGGGAUUAGUGGUAGGAGGAAGAAGAUUCUGAAGUCUGGGCUUCUCUAGGCUGGCGUUUUAUGUUAGUUGGUAUUUUUGGGUCACAUCUGACAGUGCUCAGGGCUUAUUCCCAGAUAUGCACUCAGAGAAUCACUCCUGGCAGUGCUUGGGGGACCAUAUGGGAUGUCAGAGAUCAAACUUGGGUCAGACAUGUGCAAGACAAGCACUCAGCUGUCUGUACUAUCUACUCUGGCCUAAGGUGAGUGGUUCUUAACAUUUUGGGGUGGGGUCUGGGUGAGCUUUGAGAACCUGAAAAAAAAAAGUCACACCAAAUUUUGCAGCCAACUCUGGGUUGAAUACUUCUCAUUUAGACAGAACAGAGUAGUCAGUGCUAAAGUUUUUGGGCAGGCCAAGAACUAGACAAAGGUCCUUUCUGUUGUCCUGAUCCAUAGUUGGGGUACCCACCUUCUUCAUGUCCAUGUCUCAGGCUCAGUACCCCUCAGAGCAACAGUGGCUGUGGAUCCUUCACUCUAUCUCUUGUCUUCCAUAUGUCUUAUCUAAAUUUUUUGUGAGAGAACUUGAGAUAAAGCUUCCAACCUGACCACUGGUUCUGGUCCCAUAGAAGCCUCUUACCUGUGUCCCCUCUCUGGACUUUCCAGAUCUGGGUCCUCAUCAUGAUCUGUUUUAAGUUUUAAGUCAGUUUCAACACAUGUAUUGCUGCUACGACAAGCCAUGCAUUGG